AUGCGGCGGGGGGGGAAAGGGGCAGCCCGGCCCCGGCGCCGAGCCCGCCCGCCGGCGGCGCCGAGUGACUGCUGUCGGCCCCAAUCAGAGCGCCGGCCCGUCCCUGCGCUGCCGCCCGCCCCGUCGGGGAAGCCCGGCCCCGGCUCGGGGAGCGAGGAGAGCGCCCGGCGCGGCCCGGCCCGGCGCGGCGCGGCCCCGCUGGGUCCCGGCCGCCGUGUGCGGGGCGGGGCCGCGGGCGGUCCGGGGCGGGGCGCAGGCGGGACCGGCCGGGACGGGGCGGGGCGGGCGGCGGAGUGGCGCGGCGCGGACGGCGGCGGGGGCUACAGGGAGCCGGCAGAGGCGCCGCUGCCCGGGGAGGGCCCGCCAGAGUUCGGGCGCAGGCUGCGGUUAGGUGUUCCCGUGCUGCGCGUGCUGCAUCCUGGCUGGAAGGGGGAAGGAGAGCGGUUUCAGAGGGAGGGUCGGUAA